AUGAUUCGGGCUGAUAAGCUGGCGCCCAUCGCGCCGCCCAAGACGCCGUCAAGCGACGAUGCAACGUCGGACACGCCGGGCAACGACUACCCGCGCAUCGGUGUGCUGGUGUGCAUCGUGUCGAGUGGCGUGGACCGCACAGCAGCGGCGCUGUCCAGCAGCAGCGCUGGUAUAUCCGGCUGCGUGGACGAACACCCCCUCGAUCCAGGCGGCUGCCCCUUUGCCUGGGACAAAGACGCCACCGGCCAGGGCACCCACCUAGCCUCCAUCGUUGCGGGAUCGGCGCCCAGCGACGGAGGCGGCGACGAGCGCCAAGCAGUGGGCGUUAUCCCGGGCGCAGAGAUCUACAGCGUGCGUGUGUGGAACAGUAGCAAGUCUUCAUCCAAUGCGCCGGGUGAUGGCGCCUUUGCCACGAGCCGGCUGCUGGCCUACACAGCAUGCGAGGGGCGUCUGCGCGGCCUGCAGGCCAGCAACUAUGGCCGCUCAAAUUACCGCAUGGUGAUGCUCAUGGACAUGCAGGCGUCCACUGAGGGUCCCAGCCAGCUGGAGGACGGAGCACCACGCCGGGAGCUGUACCCCAGCCGCGCCCCCGACCUGCUGGCGCCCGGCAUCAACAUCACGGGCGCCUCGCCAGCUCCCGCACAAGUGGCAACACUAUCCCUUGCGGGCCGUGGCAGUUUGCAGCUGCUCGUUGCGUCACCCGGCAGUGCGGCGGGCAAAAACGCGUUUCCGGUGACACUGGCAACCUGCGCCAGGAAUGGCACCUGUCCAAAACCUGCGGGCAGCGUGCGGCAGCUGUGCGUGCUGCAACUGGCUUACGGCGACAUCCGCUCGUCCAUGUGCACUGCUCUGGGUGAGAACACCGGCUGCCGGGCGGGGCUGGUGGUGGCUGCACUGGAGGGCGAGCGGGACUUCAAUGGGUGGCAAGCCGAGGUGGCGCAGAACGUUGACGGGUGCUGGUCCUCGUACGGCAGCAGCUCCGCUGGCGUCAAGACCCCUGUGCUCAUGGCCACAGCUGCUCAGGGCGCAAACCUCAAAGCGGCUGCAGCAGCCGUCGGCAGUGCGCGCGGCAGCCUCGCUGUCAGCCCCGCGCUGCACAGGACACGCAGUGGCACGCCGCAGGCGGCCGCCUCCCGCAAUCCGGCGUUUGACCGCUUUCCUGAUCCUGAGGAGGUGGUUUACGCAACCUUCAGAUGGCCUGUGCAGCUGGGUGGCGAGGACGUGCGCGUCUCGGGCAGCUGGGACAGCUGGGCCUCCCAGACCAGCCUGAUGCCUGUGGCAGCGGACGGCCAGCAGGUGCUGUCCGCGCGGGGCGACGCGGUGCGCACGCUGCUGGUGCCGCGGGGCGUGCACGACUACAAGUUCAUCGUGGACGGCAAAUGGAGGCCGGCCCCUGCAGACCCCGUGGCCCGUGACCAGGCGGGCGCCACCAAUAACAAGCGGCUGUUCACUGGCACGGGUGUCAUCGCGUUCAAGGGGCGGCGCGACAUGGAGGUGCUGGUCAUGGGCGACUGGUCAGACUGGACGGACGCGCAGCGCAUGCUGUGGAAUGAGCGCACGCAGCAGUGGGAGUGCCCUAUGGCCCUGCCGCCUGGGGAGUACUCCUAUGUGCUGCACUACCGGGACCAGUACAAGCUCGACCCCAAUGGAGAGACAGGGCCCGCCGACGUCCUGGGCCGCACGCGCCACAUCAACCGCCUGUUCGUGGCGCCGCCCUGCGCCUUCACGCUGUUCUAUGCCACGGGGUGGCCGCGGUGCUCCCUCGUGUACCGCAUCAUAGAGGGACCAGACGCCCCCGAGCCCGAGUGGCGUGAGGUCCCGUUUGACGGUGCCCCCAGCCGCUCCGGCCCCCGCGGUGACCGCUGGAUGCAGGCCAUCAUAGAGGCGCCCGGCCCCAACGCUCAGCUGCAGUUUUACGCCAAGGGGCCGCGCCCCGACAUAAACGAUGAAUGGGGGCCCUCGUCAAGCCGCCGCGAUGGCGCCUGGGGAGGCAGCGGCAACGAGGGGGCCCGGCGCGGGCGCGGCGCAAUCAACAGCGACGACGGCGCCGACGGGGUGGCGGAGGAUCGGCCGGCGACGGGCGGCGCCGGCGGUGGGCCGGGGCACUACACGCUGCCUUGGCCCAGUGGCUGGAAGCUUGAGCGCGGGGCCGUCUCAAAGUUCCUGCGCGCGCUGAGGGGGCCCAUCAUGCUGUGCAGUGACGUUGACGGGACAUUUGUGACAGACAAGCAGGGUGAUGAGUGGGGCAACACGCGCAUCAAAGACUUCAAGACCUACUGGGAGGACACUGCAUCCCUGGGCGGCAGCGUGCUGGUGCUCAACACUGGCCGCAGCAAGGGGAACCUGAUGUCGCUGCUGCGCGACAAGGAGGAGGUCAUUGCGGUGCCCGAUGUCAUCAUCACUGCCGUGGGCACCAAGAUCUGGCACCGCCGCUCCACGCACCGCGCUUUUGGUGGCUGCACUGCGGAGGACUACGAGGAGGACCUGGCCUGGACACAGAGGCUGGACCACGGCUGGGACCUGGGGGCGGCGCGCCAGGUGGCGGAAGAGCACAUGGCCAAGUACAACAAGGGGCAGGACACGCGGGCCAGUUGGCUUGACAACGGCACGGAGCACCCCCACCGCAUUGCCCUGAGCGUGAGGGUGGACAUCGUGGCCGACAUCGUGAGGGACAUGGAAGCUGCGGUGGGCCGCAGCAGCGACGGCAAGAGGGGCUUCAAGGGCCACAUCAUUGCGAGUGGCGCUGGCGAGUGGCGCUACCUGGAUGUGGUGGCGGAGCGCGGGGGGAAGCUGGAGGCCAUAGAGUGGGGCACCAGCCCGGCCGUUAUUGUGGGCAACGCGCAGACCGAGCUGCUGACCUGGUACAACCAGUACAGAGACGACCCCCCGGGGCGCAUCGUGCUGGCGCGCGCACCAGACGCCAGCGGUGUCAUCGAGGGCUUGGCUCGCCACGGCCUGCUGUGA